CAACCUCCAAAACCAUUUCACUCGUGUACACCAAACGGUUGAUGGGAUCGGGUCUGUCUUGCAAUCACCGGAGCAGCGCGUUGCUUCGCCACCAUCAGCCGGCGCCGUCGCCGCCGCCUGCGCAGGUCAUCGCCGCCGACGGGUCGCUGUCGGAGGUCCCCGCCGCCUCCUGCCCCGUCAGCGUCUCCGACGUGCUCGGCGGCAAUGCCGACCGGCUCUUCCUGUGCAGCUCUGACGCGCUCUACUUCGACGUGGACGUGCCGGCCCUCGACGGAGGCGAGCUGCUACGGCCGGGGCAGAUAUACUUCUUGCUCCCCGUGGCCAUGCUCGGCCGGCCCCUCUCCGCGGUCGACAUGGCCGCGCUCGCCGUGCGCGCGAGCGAGGCGCUGGUGGCGAGGGCACAGCCGCGCCAGCGCGGCGUCAAGAAGGUGCGCGUCCUGCCGAUGCUCGCGGCGAGCGGGUGCGACGACGACGGCGACCGCGACGGCGAAAUCAACGAGAAGCUCAACGAGAGAACUCUCGGGGAGUCGGUGAUGACAUGGCCAGGCUCUCCGGCGAACUCCGGCAACAAGUCGCCGGUGAAGAGGCUGCUCAGCACCAUCGAAGAGGACGCUGAGUGAUGAAGGAAUUGAAGCAAGCAUAAGCAUGCCGAUCGAUAAGAUCCAGAUGAAAUCAAGAUUGUUUCAUAGUAGGCUUUUUGGUUUUAUUUUGUUAUUAUUAGGUGGAUUGACAAAUUUUUGGGGGUAGAAAAAUAGUUUAAAGAGCCAAAGAUAGCAAAGAAAUGCCUAUUUAUUUGGUCAUACCUCUGUCAAUUUCAUUUCAAAGAGAAAGGAA